AUGCCUGCUAGCACAACCAACAGUAGAAUCCAAUCAAGCGCUGAUUUGACUCCAGAGACCUUGAAACAUUUGAAUGAACAUCUUGCAACAUUGGAACCCAAAGAAGUCCUUGAAUGGGCCAUUAAUUGUCUACCCAACCUCUACCAAACCACAGCUUUUGGCUUGACUGGUCUUGUUACUCUUGAUAUGAUUAACAAAAUCAGUGUCGACCGCAAUCAACCUCACAUUGUGCCAUUGAUCUUCCUGGACACGCUCUACCACUUCAAAGAGACAUUGGACCUCGCUGAACGCUGCAAAACUACCUACAAUGUCCCCCUCAAAGUCUACAAGCCCAUGAAUGCUGAAAACACUCAAGAAUUCGAAUCUGAAUACGGCCAAAAGCUAUGGGAGACUGAUGAAGAUUCCUAUGACUACCUCAUCAAAGUUGAGCCUGCUCGUCGCGCUUAUGAAGAACUUGAUGUCAAGUCUGUCAUAACUGGUCGCCGUCGUAGUCAAAAGGGUGAUCGUGAGGCUAUCCCCAUUUUAGAAGUAGAUGGCACUGGUUUGAUCAAGUUAAACCCCCUUGCUUACUGGGAUUUCCAACAAGUUUGGACUUACAUUCGUGCUAAUGAAGUUCCCUACAAUGCUUUGGUUGAUCAAGGUUACCGUUCUAUUGGUGAUUGGCACUCUACUCAUGCUCCUGCCAACGGUGACGAAAGAUCGGGUCGCUGGUCUGGUCAGCAAAAGACUGAAUGCGGUCUCCACAAGGAUUACUUCAAGAUGCGUGCUGCUUUCAUGGCAUCCAAAAAGAAGAGAGAAGCACAAAGCAUUCAACAACAAAACGCCAUCACUGCUUGA